GACAAUUACUCUAUAUCUCGCUACUCAAACAACGCAGGCGAAGAGAACCAAAUAAACUAUUCUGCUUUGAUAGCCAUGCACACGGUCAUCGUUGUUUUUGCCCCUGUGGCAGUAGUAGGAAAUGCAGUAGUUUUGGCGGCAAUUUGGAAAAGGUCCUUUCAGAGAACUACGUUUCAUACUCUUUUGACCGUUUUGGCGUUGACCGAUUUGUGUACCGGUAUUGCCAGCGCCUUGAUCUCUGUUCCUAAUUUGCUGUACUCAGAGUGGAAUACUACGACAUCCCUAAUUGGGUUGCUUUGUACAACAUACUUGGUGUCUGAAACAGUACUUGUAAUAACACUCAUGUCAGUUGAACGAUGGCUGCACAUGACUCGGAGAUCCUUACUCACAUUACGCCGUGGAUAUCCUAUUGCUGUUAUGUCAUUGUUACUUCCAAUCCCCUUCGUUGUUUUCAACACACUUGCAUUUACCAAUGAAAGAUUUAGAAAAGGGCUUGGUGCUGCAAUAUCCGCAUACAUGGCAUCGUGUUACUUGUCCACCUUUGUUGCAUAUUUCAAAAUCUUCCGAAUCAUUCGAGAACAUCAGCAACACAUUGGCGGACAACCGGCAUUUAACGUAGCAAAGUACAAGAAAUCUGUGGUUACAAUCUUGUAUAUUCUGAUUUUAUUUUCCAUCUGUUUUGCACCAACCAUCGUCUCGCUUUUGCUUCUUGCUCUUAUUGGAGAGAAUCGCCAAACUUGGACUGUUUAUUACGUUUCGACGAUGUUAUUAUUUUCAUCAUCCUCCCUCAAUCCUGGCCUUUAUAUUUGGAGAAUGAAAGAUGUUCGUGAUGGAGUUAAAUCCUUAUUCUGCAAGAACUAA